UAUUCCUCCGUACAGCAAUAUCACACUCCAUACCUCGUAAGACAGACACAUAUCCCAGUGACAAAAGAACUCGACCAGCACAAUGCCACUACAUAUUGAAUCCAUUACCCAAGCCGACAUCCCACGCAUGGUCGACAUCCAACAGAUGGCCAUGGGAGCCAGUGCCUUCUUCCGCAGUACAGGCGAUGUGUCCAACAUAGACGGGACACCGGAAGAGGUAUCGGCGUCGCCUUGCAGGGCAAACAAGAUAUCUCGAGUCUCGGAGAACUGGGAUAAAGAUCCCACCUGUUAUUUUUUGAAAGCUGUUGACGACGACUCGGGGGAGAUGGUUGCGUUUGCCAAGUGGCAUGUUUACCAUGGGGACGAGGGACUGACGAAAUGGCGCGCUUCUGUGAGAACGGAUGAGGGUAUGGAGAUCCCGACUGGGGCAAAUGAGGAAGGCUUUCGAUUUUGCAAGGGAAAAUUACUGGAGAAACGGAGGGAGUUCUUUGGAGAGGAGGGGAGAGAUCAUUGUUGUAAGUUCUGUGCGCUGCUGCUUCUAAUGGGCCUCGUGUUGAUUGCCAACGUAGUGCUGGCAUUGCUGGCUACGGAUCCUCGUUAUGAGCGUCGUGGAGCAGCUUCUCUUUUAACGCAGUGGGGUUGUGAUAUUGCCGACAGACUUGGAAUUGAGUGCUACCUUGAGGCCUCGAAGAAGGGAUACCCGGUGUACAAGAGAAAGGGGUUUGAGGAGAUAUCUUCCCAGGAGGAAAAAAAUACUGUACAUUUUGACGCGAGUAGAUUUACAGGCCGGGGAGGGAGUGAUGGUGACUGGGUGAACUUGGUCUGCAUGGUGCGAAAAUAUGCUCAAUGAAUUGAGUCAAUGUAUAUACAGAAAACAACCCAGACCAGCCCUACUACCUAAUUAAAACAUCCAAAACAACCGACUUUCGCUCUUCAACCACAACCCUAAUCCCUUCCCUCAGCACUUCAUCCAACUCC